UCGUUUCGAACAAAAAAAAAAAAAGUAUUGGUACUAACUCCUAACUCCUAAGCGAUCUUCGCUUUCUCCGAUCUUCCCUCCCUCAUUAUUCACUCCUCUGUCACUCUUCUUAUGUUCAGAAAACUAGCUCCAAAUUGCACCUACUCAAUCCGACAGCUCCGAGAUUCAAAACAAUUAUCCUAUUAGCUAGUAUUUAAUUUACAACAAUUUCACAUCGAUUAAUCCAAAGCCUAAACCACCAUAUUCCCUCAGGGGCCAUCAAUUUUAACGCUUACAGUAAUUUAAUUUGUUGCAGCUCAGCUCAAGUUCUUGAGAUCAACUCAAAAUUUUGCCUUGCGCCCUCUUUUCUUUUCUCCGUUAUUUGAAUAUAUGGCUCUUCAUUCUGCUGCUCUAUGCUUCAACAACAUUUCUUGCAAUCCUCAAACUUCUGGGGCCUUUCGGCAGCUCUCUGCUCCCUCAUUUUUCCGCCCAUUUACUGUUAAGGCUUCAGGUUUUUCUUCACCAUCACCGGUUGCCCUUCCGCGAUUUAAGCUUCAAGUUGCAACUCCAUUAGGUAAAGCAUUGCCAAUUGAUAAUGGAGCACCCGAAAAGGAUGAGUCGUCCCUUGUGGUUUGCUUUGGGGAAUUGUUAAUUGAUUUUGUCCCGACUGCAAGUGGUCUCUCAUUAGCUGAAGCACCUGCAUUCAAAAAGGCUCCUGGUGGUGCACCUGCUAAUGUUGCUGUUGGCAUUGCUCGCCUUGGUGGUUCAUCAGCUUUCAUUGGGAAGGUUGGGGAAGAUGAAUUUGGAUACAUGCUUGCUGAUAUUUUGAAGGAGAACAAUGUCAAUAAUGAAGGGAUGCGCUUUGAUCCUGGUGCUCGAACUGCUUUGGCAUUUGUAACCCUAAGAAAGGAUGGGGAGCGUGAAUUCAUGUUUUACCGCAAUCCUAGUGCUGAUAUGCUGCUUCAAGAGACUGAGCUCGAUCUUGACUUAAUUAGGAAGGCAAAAAUAUUUCAUUAUGGUUCUAUAAGCUUGAUUACAGAACCAUGCAGAUCAGCGCACCUUGCAGCUGCAAAAGCUGCAAAGGAUGCUGGGGCAAUUUUGUCUUAUGACCCAAAUCUAAGGCUACCACUGUGGCCAUCUGCAGAAAGUGCAAGAGAAGGGAUCUUAAGCAUAUGGGAGACUGCUGAUGUGAUUAAGAUAAAUGAGAAUGAGAUUUCAUUUCUGACCCAAGGGGAAGAUCCAUAUGAUGAUUCUGUAGUUCGUAAAUUGUAUCAUCCUGACCUCAAGUUACUCCUUGUCACUGAAGGCUCAGAAGGAUGCAGAUAUUACACUAAGGAGUUCAAUGGAAGAGUUAAAGGUUUGAAAGUGGAAGCUGUGGACACAACAGGUGCUGGAGAUGCCUUUGUGGCUGGAACUUUAUCACAACUAGCAACUGACAUAUCACUGCUUGAGGAUGAGGCCCGACUUAGAGAUGCUCUCAGGUUUGCUAAUGCAUGUGGUGCCUUGACUGUCACAGAGAGAGGUGCAAUCCCUGCUUUGCCAAGCAGAGAAGCUGUGCUGGAUGUCCUCCUUAAAGCUGUAGUGUAGCUGGUCAUUUAAUGUUAUCUGCAACUGUUUAACCACAUUCAGCAGUCUUUGUCUUUUUGUAAGGGCUCAUCACCAUUUGCUUUCACACACAUAAUUGUGAACGAGCACAUUUGUUGAGUCCAGGUAGGCCAGAAUUCUCAAGUAUAGAUGAACUCUGUUUUUUCUAUCUAGUAGUUAUGGAAGUGGAGGUUCAGAUCAGCUCCAAUUUGAUAGAAAAUUUUGUACAAUGUAUUGCUGCCAGUUUGGCAGGUUUCGACAAUAACAGGGCCUGGUGUAUUAGUCUUAUUACAAGUCUUGAUUGGCAAUAAAAGGUUCCAUGUUCUUGCUGAAUAUUAUUCUCAGUUGAA